CUACAGUCCAUCCUGAACAAGAAUCUCCGUGUAACUACAACCGAUACACGCAUGUUCUGGGGCACAUUCAAAUGCACCGAUUCAGAAAGCAACCUGGUCCUCCAACACACUUAUGAAUACCGUCACCCGACGCCCCAGCAAGUCUCAGCGGCGGCGGCAGCCGCAGGGACAGACCCAAGCACGGGCAAAGUCAAGAUGGACAUGACAUCGCGCUACCUAGGACUAGUAGUGGUGCCGGGGCGGCAUAUUGUUCGCAUUGAGGUGGAGGAG